CGGUUGCCAAAGGCGUGCACACAUCGGUUGACUGCGGAACUACUUUGAUAAUAAUUUGUGAGUGCUUAGUCAAGUCAAAUGAAACUCGUUUGGGGCAAGGAUGAUGUUGCAACGUCGUGCACUGAACAACCGACGACAACCGACUCUGACAAUGUGCAAAACGCCAUUGUUGAGAAUAAGGAGGAUGCGUUGAACGUGAACGAGAACAAGGUCGUCUUAAAAUAUAAAAAGAUGUAUAAAGAAAGUAUUACACUACGCCGACUCAGCGACAACGAAGACGCUGUGACAACCGGUAACACAGAUAAGCGUGUUAAAAAGAAAAAGAGUGAAAGUCAAAGAAAAAAGCGUUGUCUUAGGAGAAGACAGCUGAAAAAAAUGAAAAAAUUGAGUGAACACGAAAAAAAAAAGCAGAACCUUAAGACAAGAAAGCAGAAAAAGCGAAGGAAACUUGAAAGACGCUCGGAAAUGAACACGGCAAACAAUUCUUCUGACUCUGCACCCGAUGGCACCAACGAUCAUGUUGAAAAUAUUUUGGAAACCGGAAACCACACUCAAGCACCGAACGGACGUGACUCGGACUCGGAAUCAGAAUCAAACAAUCUACAGCAGCAGGUUCCAAGUUCAACUGUUGACGAUCAUAGAGAGGACGUUGAUACAACCCGGGCUGGCUGGCUAGCCUCUAGCGCCUCGAUUUCCGACUUUUCAGAAGACGAAUCCGGUCGGUCUAGUGAAGAUAGAUCGUAUUCCAGUGCCGACGAAGGACUCCCGCCUCCACCUCACGUGAAGUAUAGGGAUAUCAUGGAAGUUCCAGCGGAAAUGGACGAAUAUAAUGGGGUUUCCUCGACUGUACCGAUGGUAGCCGUACAGCCACCGUCGUCUCCGCCGCCGCCGCCAAACCCACCGCCACGGACAAUGAAGCUGAAAAAAAAAUUACUAGUGAAAGUUACUGCACUCAAGCGUGUACUCAAGACGACCGUUCGUCAGUAUGCGCACGUGUAUGCGCCAAACCCCAUAACCGAACAGCUGGCUUUACUGCUGAAGGCCGGCGACAUGCUGCACCACAUUUACCAGUACUGGGACACUCGCCAAGUAGCGGAUAUCCGAGAUUUUGUGCGGUGGUUAAUUUAUAGCCUGAACGACUCGCCCCGGAACAUUGUGCCCCUUAUCGGGUGCCUGAUGACCUUGUUCCGUCGGACUUGCCCGACGGCCGGAAUGACCGCCAUGGAAACGUACGGGCAAUUUAAAAUAUUCAUCAACGCCAUCAAAGAAUGCGUCCGAGAGGUAAACGUGCAGUUCUACAGGACAUGGAUGACUCCCGAAAGCUUCCUGUUCGCGUGCUUCUUUAUAGACCACGAGUUGUUCCGGGACACACAUCCCGACUAUACAUUCAUGAGCCACCGGAUCAACUGGUCAAGGGUGACGGCUUUCAAGUGGUAUUUGAAAAUACCGCCGUUCCGCGUACCCCAGCCAACACGCCGGAGCGACGAUACCGCGUACCAGCCCAGCCGUAUGAUCGUGAACAGGGGCAUUCAGGUGUCAUUGUUAAAUUUAGCUAAUUUAGUACAUCAGCCAUCAGAUGAAGCGCAGUGAAGAUUUGAAGGAGACUUCUUUUUAAAAACAAUUUGGCAUUUGUCGACCUUACCUUUUAGACGAAAUUAAUGAAAUGUUAAAACCAUUUAUUAGCCAGUAGUAAACU